ACACGCGCGCGCGAACACACUGGCACGCUAACAUACUCCCAUCCACGCGCGCGAGCGCGCCCCUCUCUUCGCCGCGCACACGUGGUGGUGAAACAUCAGCAAGGACACCAGCAGCAGCAGCAGCACUGCGCUCGCUCUCCCACCGCCACCGCCUUUCAUGCAUCCCCGCUAGUGGUUUCACCUCGCGCUCUUUGCGCGAAGAUGAGCGUCAACGUCUCGGUACAACAACCUCCACGUCUUGACGCUUGCGUCGGGCGCUAGACCUCGGACCCCGGCAAGGACAGACAGGAGGACAUAAAAGGGAGAAAAUAGGCUACAACGCUUUAUCUCUCUCUCUCUCUCUUUCUCAGCAUCACUCUACAUUUGACUGGAACGGAGUGCGGUGGCAAGGCGGUAGUCGACGUCAGAGAGCUGUUAUUUGUCUACAUUCGGUUCUCAACCUCUACCUGUGUCUCCCCCGCUUGGCUUUUUCGUUGAGCAGGUUAUUGUGCCGUGAAGAAGGGGCUCUGAGCUCUCUCAGUACCGUGGAAAUACCCCUCUUCUCUCUGUGGUAUCGGGCGGCGCGCUGUCAGCGCGUGCCUCAGUGAAAUCGGUGCACGGUGGAUUUUGCCAACAUGGAGACGGUGGAGAAGGAAUGUGGGGCGCUAGGGGGCCUGUUUCAGGCGAUUGUCAAUGACAUGAAGUGCUCCUAUCCUGUGUGGGAGGACUUCAGUGCUAAGGCCACCAAGCUGCAUUCCCAGCUCAGAACCACUGUCCUGGCUGCUGUCGCCUUCCUGGAUGCCUUUCAGAAGGUGGCAGAUAUGGCCACCAACACCAGAGGAGCAACCAGAGACAUCGGCUCGGCCCUGACCAGGAUGUGCAUGAGACAUCGCAGUAUUGAGGCCAAGCUGCGCCAGUUCACCAAUGCUCUGAUGGAGAGCCUGAUCUGUCCCCUCCAGGAUCGCAUCGAGGACUGGAAGAAGACGGCCAACCAGCUGGACAAGGACCACGCCAAAGAGUACAAGCGGUCGCGCCACGAGAUCAAGAAAAAAUCAUCCGACACCAUAAAAUUACAGAAGAAAGCUCGCAAAGAGAUACAGGGCCGCGGUGACCUUCAGCCCCAGGUGGACAGCGCCAUGCAGGACGUGACCGACAUGUGUCUGCUGAUGGAGGAGAUGGAGAAGCAGGCGGUGAGGCGGGCCCUGGUGGAGGAGCGCGGACGCUUCUGCACCUUCAUCGGCUUCCUGCAGCCUGUGGUGAAUGGGGAGAUAGCCAUGCUGGGAGAGAUCACACACCUCCAGGCCAUCAUCGAUGACCUCACUGUGCUGACCACCGACCCCCACAAACUGCCCCCAGCCAGUGAACAGGUGAUUAAAGACCUGAAGGGUUCAGACUACAGCUGGUCAUACCAGACUCCUCCCUCCUCCCCCAGCAGCUCCGGCUCUCGCAAGAGCAGCAUGUGCAGCAGCGUCAACAGCGCCAACAGUAGCGCCUCCCGCUCGUCAGGGGGGGGGGGAGGUGGGGGCUCCCAGCCCCACUCACCCACCUCCUGCUCCUCUUCCUCCUAUCGCUACCGCAGCGGCCUGUCCUACCAGCCGCCGCCGCCGCCGCCGCCGGGGGGGGGAGGCGGGGGGGGAGGGGCCGGCUGCGUGGCGGCCCACCGCCUCAGCAGCGUGUCGUCGCACGACUCGGGCUUCGUGUCGCAGGACGCCAACGUCUACUCCAAGCCGCCGUCGCCCAUGCCCUCCGACAUCACCAGUCAGAAGUCGUCCAGCUCUGCGUCUUCAGAGGCUUCAGAGACCUGCCAGUCAGUGUCCGAGUGCAGCUCCCCCACUACUUUUGGCCCGUCCUUCGCUACCUUCCGUCCCUCUCUCUCUCAUUCUGGCUCCACCAGACCUCUCUCUGUCAUUCUUCCUGUGCCUGCGUCCCCACCAUAUAAUUGCUCCCCCGGGUCCUGCUCCUCUUCUCCCACAUCAAAGGUUCCUAUCUGGAAGGAUUGGUCCAAAGCAGGUCAGUACGAGCAGCCGGUUGCCGUGGCAGCAGUCCAUAGGAGAAAGGAGCCCCUUGAUAGGCUGAGGGAGCAGGAGUCGUCUCCAGGCAACCAGGGGUACGGUUCCGGCUCCCACCUCGACCCUGACGGACAGAGGACCCGGAUGCAUCAGGCAAACAUGGCCGCCAAGCACGGAGACGACGUGUCCCCGGCCGCCAGCGACCUGGCCAUGGUGCUGACCCGGGGCCUGAGCAUGGACCAGCAGAAGAGCAGCCGGGACUCCCUGCAGUACUCCAGUGGCUACAGCACCCAGACCAACACCCCCUCCUGCUCCGAGGACACCAUCCCCUCGCAGGACUACGACUGCUACUCUGUGAACGGCGACACGGAGGCCCAGGAGGCACAGAGCGACUUCGACAAGUCCUCCACCAUCCCCCGCCACUCCAACAUCGCCCAGAACUACCGGCGCAUGAUCCAGACCAAGAGGCCCGCCAGCACGGCCGGGCUGCCCAGCGGCGUGAUGGGGGCCGGGGGCGGGGGCUCCGGCACCCCGGGCACCGCCACCAUCCGCCGCACCCCCUCCACCAAGCCCGGCGUGAGGCGCACGCUGUCCAGCGCCGGGCCCAUCCCCAUCCGGCCGCCCAUCGUGCCCGUCAAGACGCCCACCGUGCCGGGCGAGCCGCACCCCCCGGGCUACGCUGCCGGCGGUGGCGGCGGCGGCGGCGUGCCGGUGCGCGUCGGCAGCGAGGAGUGCGUGUUCUUCGCGGGCGCUGAAGAGUCCCACGGUACGCUCGACUACGUGAAGGCGUCGCCCAAGCGCCUCAGCCUGCCCAACACGGCGUGGGGGUCAGGGGCGGGGCUGGAGGUGUACAUGCACCAGCAGCAGCAGAGGGCAGGCGGCGGCGGCGGCGGCGUCACCGAGGAAGAGCAGAUGAUUGCGGCCAACCGCCACAGUCUGGUGGAGAAGAUCGGAGAGCUGGUGGCCAGCGCCCAGGCCCUGGGCGAGGGGCAGUUCCCCUACCCCUCCCUCCCGGACGACACUGGGCCCCCGGGGGACGGGGGCCAGGGGGGGGCCGAGGGCCCGGGGGGGGCAGAGGGGGAGGGGGAGGGCGCCGGGGGCGACAUGCUGACCACGAUCAGGAGAGGCGUGCGCCUCCGCAAGACGGUGUCCAACGACCGCUCUGCGCCGCGCAUCUUGUGAUCCGAGCGCCGGGCCAGGGAGCCGGUGUUCAGCCGAUAGGGGAGAGGCGCUAGGUGUUGGUGUGAUGCGAUCGGCCGCCUUGUGCACACACACACACACACACACACACGCACACACACACGCGCGCACACACACACACACACACACACACACACACAAACACACACGCUUGUAAUGUAGAGAGAUCUAUGGUAUAACGAAACAGAAAAAAUACAAAAAAAAACAUCUAGACGAAAAAUAAAAACAAGUUGUUAGAGUAAUGAACAGUCUAUUCAAAGGAUGAUACUGAUGAUAUUAACAUAAACACCGGUAAUCCACGAUGAUAAUUCAAGUUAAACACCAACCAUUGACAGGCUUCUAGCUGGCCGAUAUAGCUCUUCCGACACACUGUCACUGCGUGUGUUGGAUGCAUGUUUGUCUUUUAACACCUGUAGAUGGAGAGACUGGCAGGCCGGAAGGAAAAAAAUAAAAAGAUGAGAAAGGAAAAAGAAAGAUUGACAGACAAGAGACUGAUUGGCCCCCUGUCACCCCGGGCAACCACAUGCCCACAUCACAACGUGUGGGAUGAAGGUUGGAAGAGGCAGGUCGCCGGAAGGGUGAGGGGGGGGGGGGGGGAGGCGGUGUUGGCUCAGGGGGUCAGGGCAGGGGUCAGGGUUCAACUGGGAAUAGCGCCGGCUGGAUGGGAAAAACCCGAAACUGUCCCGGAGCAGUGAUGAACUGUAGUAGCCCACUGAGGACUGAGGCAUUGUGGGUAUUAGCGCGGGGAGCUAGCGCACAUCAUUGUACAGGACAAGCGUUGGCAUUGAGCCGCGCUAGUACCCGCUUUCCCCUUACUACGUCAGCCCUGCUGGUACGUGUGUGCGUAUGUGCAUGUGUGUGUAGGUGAGUGUGUGUGUGUGCGUAGGUGUGUGUGUGUGUGUGCGAGGGGGCCGGGUACAGCUCUGCUGCAGGACAGCUGGUCACCCAAUGUUGGCAGGGCUUUUUUCUCCUGUGUGUCGUACUCUGUAUUUCCUGUUUUUAUUGUUGCAUCAUUACCUUGUUACCACUGUACGGAAAACGUUACAAGAAUUAACCCAGGCGUAUAUAUAUAAAUAUAUAUUCAUAUAUAUUUUCUAGAACCAGAAAGAAAAUGUUAAUAAGAAAUGGAGCAAUAAAUGUGUUUUAUUUUCUUGUUUGGCAGAGGAAGGAUGGAAGGAGUCAAUGGAAGACUUGUACACAAAGGUUGUGGUUUCUCUUUUGACCGAUAACAUUCAGGCAAUCGUGAGGAAUGAUGAAAUCUCUCAUGGAAUCAUGUUUUGAUAACUUCUCUCGCUCCUCUCUCUUCAUUCGCUUGAGUGACGGAUGAAGGUAAAAAAUAUUAAAGAAUUAAUGUUUUUUACCGCCA